CCGUCGCAAAACCCAGACACUCUCGAUGAAGGAAAUUCGGCGCAUUGCGAUCCUAUCGGAAAGAUAUGAAUCGGCAGCAAAGGAAGAGGCGGAUAAUGAGGCCGAGACCGAGACCGAAACCGAGACACGGUGGGAGAGAAGCACUCGUGGCGACGCAAGGGCAUUAUGGGUCGAACAGCUGUAUCGUUAUGAAGAGCUGUAAUUGAUGCCCCUCUAGUCUCGGGAUGACGACGGACCUUUUUUUGUUUCUUUGUUUCUUGUUUACUUGAUAUGGAAAUGCAAUGCGGACGAGACCAUGUGUGGCUAGAUGCGGCUGAACAUUUGAUGAAGACAAAAGUUUAGUUAUUUGAGAGAUGGCAUCGGUUGAAGGCCAAAUUGUUUCUGUCUCCUCAUGAUAUAUAACGAUUAACGACUAAUAUCAAUGAAUGAUUACG